CUUAGCCAGUUGGAGAGCUUUGAGAAAGGUCUGAGGACAAUGAUGGAAAAGAACACUCCCCCUUCCUAUCACAUCAAUACAACAGAUGUGUCUGGAAAAAAUGGCUCUAAUUCUAUCAACAAGCAUGCUGAGCUGGGAAGCUCUCUCCACACUAUGUCUCUCAUUGUUUACUGCCUGGCCUUUGUUGUUGGUGUGCUCGGGAAUGGAGUUGUUAUCUGGGUGACCGGGUUCAAGAUGAAGAAAACAGUGAACACAGUUUGGUUCCUCAACCUCGCUGUGGCCGACUUCCUCUUCACAGCGUUUCUGCCCCUGAAUGUGGCGUACCUGGCUUUGGAUUUCCACGGUUCUUUUGGCGAGUUCAUAUGCAAACUGAACAGCACAUUAAUCUCCCUGAACAUGUUUGCCAGUGUCUACAUUCUGAUGGUGAUCAGUGUGGACAGAUAUGUAUCUGUGGUGUGGCCCAUCUGGACCCAGAUCCAUCGAAAUGUACGCAAGGCAUCGUUUGUCAGUCUGGGUGUUUGGAUACUGGCUCUGAUUCUCAGCACUCCAUACUUCAUCUUCAGGGACACUGAACCUUCACAAAACAAUAAAGACAUUAUCCACUGCUUAUACAGCCUUUUCCUCUGUAAAGAUGAUGAAACACCAUCUGUGAAUCAGCUGCGACAGUUUCGUCAUCAGGCCAUGACCAUCACCCGCUUCCUAAUGGGAUUUGUUGUCCCCUUCACUGUCAUUGUCUUCUGUUAUGCUGUGAUAAUCCAUCGAAUCAGAGAACACCCCAUCCUGGCCAGCCAGUCAAGUCGCCCCUUUAAGAUCAUCGCUGCAGUCAUCACCACUUUUUUCCUGUGCUGGGCUCCUUAUCACAUCAUGGCUUUAAUUGAAUUAGUAAACUUCAUACCUGCUUAUCAAAGUGAAACAUUAUUCAAUGUCACCACUAUUGGGAUCCCACUAACCACCGGCAUGGCCUAUAUCAACAGCUGCUUGAACCCACUGCUGUAUGUGUUCAUGGCCCAAGAUUUCAAGGAUAAAGUCCGCAAAUCCAUCAUGAAAAUAUUAGAGACUGCAUUUCAGGAAGAGGUUUCUGGCUCUCAAACUGACGCAAAGUCAGCGGACACCAGUCAGAGCAAAGAGACAUCAGCUCAUAAUACUGCAGUAUAAGACAGUCCAUGACGUGAAAAAACAAAUAUUUAAACCAUGUAACUACAGCCUGAGUGUUUACAUUCUGAUGGAAUUAGUCGAUGGUUAUAUUAGACAAUAAACUGUAAUGCCUUUUGUGAGCUAAACCUUUGUUGGAUAAGGUGGUAGUGGGAUGUUUUUAAUCAUACAGAACAAAUGGCCACAAGAGAUCUGCACAGUGAUGUUGUUAUUUGCUCCUUGAAUUACAACAGUGCCUUCAGUCUGUACCAAUACAGAACUAAAGAUGACUGUAAAAUGUCAUUUCCUUUUGUUUAGGAAAUUACAUUUUACAGAGCUAAAGAUGAUUGUAAAAUGUAAUUUCCUAAACAAAAGGACUCAGCAGUUAUUUCAAAAUUGGUAUUACAUGAGUUUAAAUUCAAAUUUGUGUAACACAAGCCACAAAAAUAGGGUUUGUUGACAAAGGGAGCUUUGUGUUUUUUUCCAUCUGUCCCUUACACAACAGAUUGCAGUCACCAUUUCCUUGCUUGUAUGUGACAGCAAAGAAAUCACGCAAACAAUACAAGCCCCAUGUUAUUUAUAUCUGUUCCAACUGUGGAUGUAGAUCUUGUAUUUUAAUAUUGCCACUAUUUUUCAUUUGGAGCUGAAUUGUUAGUGUACGGAGCACCUGGAGGCCGUCAAUCUACAUUUUGUGUACCAAUACCAUGAGAAGUUAAGAUGGACUGCUGGUUGAUGAACAUAAUUGUUUUAAUGUUUUGUAAGAGGAGGCUAAUAUAUUCUAAUCAGUCAAUAUGGAAGUCACUUACAGUUUAUGUUUAUAAUGUGGCAUUCUUAUAGUUUCCUUGUCUUAGGCAGGUAGAAAAUUGUGAGAUGUAGCAACCUGUCUGUAAAAGCUUUACUUAAUAUAUUUGAUU